AUGGCAACAACUAAUAGAAAGAAAACAAAGAAUGAUGAUGAAUCAAAAAAGAAAAUUUCCUAUGCUUAUCAAGGUUUGAAUUCAAUACCUGAUCGAUUCUUGCCACCUGACAAACACAUUAUCGAGCAUAUUGAUCUGACAGAAAAUAAUUUGGAUGAUCUUCGUUUUCUUAUUGAUUUUCCGAAUUUACGAACGUUAAUUGCCGAUAAAAAUCGAAUCGAUUCAAACGUUAAAAUACCUCAUUUCGAUAUGCUACAUACCCUAUGGAUUAAUCAUAAUCAAAUAACAAAUUUAAGUGUAUUUAUUCAAACAUUAGUUACUCAUUGUCCUCAAUUGAAAUAUUUAAGUAUGAUGAACAAUCCUGCCGCGCCCAGUUUUUUCAAUGGCGGCUCCUAUCAACAGUAUGUUGACUAUAGACAUUAUGUGAUCAGUCAGUUGUCACAUCUCAUUAUGCUCGAUGAUCGGCAAGUGUCACUUGAAGAAAGACAAGAAGCUCAGCGUAUCUAUAAACCUGUGACGCUUGUACGGCGAGAAAGACAUUCACUUAAAAAUCAAAAAUCAAGUUAA